AUGUGCGGGUCAGACAUGGACGUGACUUUUACAGGAGAUACAGAUGUUCUCAAGCAGCAGUUCUCAGGUCAUUUUAAGACAGUGAUCAAUGUGCACGGCUUGGAGGACGUGCCUAUGGUGGUGCCAAACGUGCGAGAUGUGGACGGGAGCCUCAUCCAUCCCUCAGAGUACUCCAAGGGAUUGGACAAGGGCACUCCAGUAGUGGUGGAAGUCCUGUUGCAACUGUGGACUUUCGGGCCUGAGAACAAACAUCUUGACAGGUUCGCGCAUAUACCAGACUAUUUUGAAGUCGCUGCACAUUCUGCCGUUGACAGAGAGGCCGAAGACUUCAUUGCCCAAUAG